GGUUCAUUCUUGGCACAGCAGCGAAUCUGCCCUUGUCGCCUUCUCCAUUUCCGCGUUAUUUCCAGGUUUAAAGCGCUCCUAUGGAUUGGUGGAGCUCUUCUUAAAGCUUAUCGACAACUUUUUACUUGCAUAACAUGCUUUUAUCAUUUUAAUGGUGCCCCCGGGGAGGAUAUAUAACCACAAGCGUCGAUAAUUGACUAGAUUAUGUUGUAUGUUGUUGGAAACCGUGAAAUUAGCGGAUUCAGAAGUUGUUAAACUGGUCCGGCUAACGUUAGUUAGCAAGCUAUCACUUGGGCCCGCGGUGUUUGUGCUGAAUAAAACCAUGGCAGAUUCCAACGAUGGGGAGAGGGUAGACGAAAACGAGUUGAGGGGGGCUGCAGGUGGUGAAGAUGUCAUGGAUGAUGUGAUCAUUGAACAGGGUGCCGUUCUACUAAGAGGGUAUGUUAUUGAACGAGUUACUGUAGAGGAUCCAUCUAUGCGUGUGAGCCAUGAGGAUCUAGGAGGACGACCUCAAGAAGCAGAUGAUCCUCAAAUCAAAGAGGUUGUAGAUCAACUUUUGAAGAUAGCCGAUGACCUCAACAAGAAUGCUGAACUUCAACAUCUCAUCGGCACUGUGCAAGCAAACUGCGCUCAGGACGUCUUCAUGACUGUAGCCAGGAGCAUCUUUGAGGAUGGCAUUAACUGGGGACGUGUGGUGGCACUGUUUCACCUCGCGUAUAGGCUCAUUUACCAGGCUCUGACUCAGAACCACUUUGACAUUAUCAAGAGGAUCAUUAGCUGGGUUUUACAGUUUAUCAAGGAAAACAUUUCUGCCUGGAUCAGACAGCAAGGAGGAUGGGAGGGCAUUUUCCACAACGUGUCAAGAUGGCGUACUGUGUCUUUCCUCACUGCGAUGGCAUUCAUUGUAGCUGUUGCUUACUGGAGAAGAACGCGCUAAGAUAAAAGAGAAAGACAUGCCAGAUUCAUAAUUCUCACAAAUGUGAUAUCAAAACUCAUAUUAAAAGCAAUACAGUGUGUAAGUGGUGCAAUCAAGUGGACCAAUCACGGGUCAUACAGACCAAUCAUGCUUCAUGCCUUACUAUGUUUAAAGACUACUUUAGAAAGACCCAUUUCAAAAGACACUGUAGCCUUUUAUUUUGAAUUUCUAUUUUUUUU